CUUUCCUCAAACCGGUUCCAGCUUCAUCGCCUCGAGCCACGACCCCUUGUUCGAGCCCCUUCAACUAGGCCGCUUGGAUUCCAUGUUCUUGGCUUCGAUACCAGCCACAGUCACUCCUUUCUCCUUGACAUUCACCCACACUCAUUCAUUAAUAUCUUAAUCACUUAAUACCUCAGGCCCGCUUCACUACUUCUGCAACACGGCCCGAGCUCGACACUCUUUCAACUACAACUCAGCCUCCGACCCAAGAUUCCUGGGGAACUUAUCUGUCAUUCUUUCGACCUGACCAGGCAACCUACUUCACAACUCCUCACCUCACCUCGCCCCAACACCGAUAGCCAUCAGUCACAAUGGCUUACUCUCGCUCACAGCCGGACACCACUUUCUUCGUGGAGAACGACGACAUGCCUCUCUCACACAUCACGCCGCGCGAAGCUGCCAAGCUCAUCGCCCGCCGGAAACAGGAGCUCAUCGCCAAUGAGCUUUCACGACUAGCGGCUGACGAGUACUUGGAGGACAUUAUGGGACAUGUCAGGCGGAUGGAGGACGAGACCUUGCCCGACGUCGCUCUCAUCGAUCUGCAACGCGAGAUUCAGUGGUUCAUGCGCCCGUACCUCAUCGACUUCCUCGUCGAGGCCCACGCUGCCUUUGCCCUCCUGCCCGAGACACUGUUCCUGACCGUCAACCUUCUCGAUCGUUACUGUGCCAAGCGUGUGGUGUAUAAGCAGCACUACCAGCUCGUCGGUUGUGCAGCACUCCUCAUCGCGGCCAAGUACGGUGACAAGAAGGACCGUGUACCCCAGAUCCAGGAGCUGAACAACAUGUGCUGCGGCCUCUACGACGCCGGCAUGUUCGCCCAAAUGGAAAUGCACGUUCUCAACACUCUCGACUGGUCGAUUGGGCACCCGACUGUGGACUUCUUCUCGUCACUGAUGGUGGCCGAGGAGCACGAUGACCGCGAGGUGGAGCACAUGGCUGCCUACAUGAGCGAGAUCGCGCUCUAUCACCGCGACUUCGUCUCGGUGAAGCCUUCGACCAUGGCGCGCUCCUCCCUCGCCCUGGCUCGCGCUGUUCUCGGCCGCCCGGAGGUCACCGAUGGAGAGUGGAACAACUCGGAGCAGACAACUCUCCUGAGCCUCUCCCAUCACCUCCACCUGCCAUCAACGACAUUGGCCCGCAAGUACGCGACGUCGCAUACGUCCAAGGUCUCCCAGCAGCUGGCCGACUUCAUGGCACAGCAGGCUGCCCUGGCUCAGAGCAACGCCGAGCCCCCAACACCACCAGCCGAGCCGGCCAGGAACGAUCUGCUCGCCACGCCUCAGAAGGGCCACGGUGCUACAAUGGGCUUCGAUGGCUAUCUGACGCCGCCUAUCACACCGGACAGCCACUACUUCAAUGGUCAAGGGUCGUCGUCGAAUCCCCUGGCGCAACAACAAUCACAACGAUACCCCAUCACGCCGUCAUCACACAACCGACUUGACCAAUACUCGUAUUCGCAUCAACACAACACGCAAUACUUGAACCCUUAAGCCGGGCCGCCAUCAGGAUGAUCGUCACCCGUGGCCAUCCGUCUCGCCGCUCCUGAUAGCAGCCACAGGGGAGGAAACCGAAAGAUCUUGUUUUUUACGUCAUGGCAUUUAGCGACUGCGUUUACUUCUUUUUUUCAUAUUUGUCCACCCAACCUUGUCAUUGUUUAC